UCUUCGCGUCUUUAGUCGCGGUAUUACGGUUUUCAGCAACAUGGCCGCCUCCAUGAAGUGUUCCGUGUGAAGCGACUAGGUUUCGGAAUGUUAUGACGUGUUUGCUAGCUUUUUAAAAUAUGUUUUUGUGUAUUUUGCCGGACUGUCAGAGAUAUCCAUGUUGACAAAGAAGCUUCCCCAUUUGGAGAGUUUCCUGCUACAGGUCUCCAGGCGUGCCAGUCACCUUGCCAGACAGCGCUAUGACGUCAUUGUGGUGGGUGGGGGUCACGCAGGGACGGAGGCAGCGGCGGCGGCCUCAAGGGUGGGAGUUGAGACGCUGCUGGUUACACAGAAAAUUAACACCAUUGGUUCCUUGUCAUGCAACCCAUCCUUGGGCGGAGUAGGCAAGGGUCACCUGGUGAAGGAGGUGGAUGCCUUAGACGGGGUUUGCGGUCGAGCGGGAGAUUGGGCUGGUAUCCAUUUCUCCAUCUUGAAUCGCAGGAAAGGCCCUGCUGUGUGGGGACCACGGGCUCAACUAGACCGCCAACGCUACCGUCAAUUCAUUCAGUCCGAGCUGCUCUCCACUCCUAGACUGAAGAUUCUGGAGGGAUCUGUGGAGGAGCUUGUUGUCACAGAACCAAACCCAGAAGAGGCCGGACAUCACAAAAUCGCAGGAAUACGUUUAGGUGGAGGCCUCCUAAUCUCUGCCGCCUGUGUGGUUCUUACCACUGGUACUUUCCUAUCUGGCUCGCUCUUCAUGGGUCAGACAACAUCCCCUGGAGGUCGCAUAGGAGAUGCCCCGUCCAGCACUGGCAUGUCCCACACACUGCGGGAACGACUGGGGCUGAAGAUAGGUCGACUCAGGACAGGAACCCCUCCCAGAAUUAUAAAGGAUUCUGUUGACUUCCACGAGGCCACGCUAAAACCUCCUGACAGUCAACCUAGUCCCUUCAGCUUCCUGAAUAGACACACUCGCUGCAAACCAGAGGAGCAGCUGCCAUGCUAUUUGACCUUCACCAAUCCUGGUGUUGACAACGUGGUGAAGGAGAGUCUUCAUCUCAACUGUCACAUACAGCAAGACACCAAAGGCCCAAGGUACUGUCCCUCAAUCGAGGCCCGAGUACUCCGAUUUCCAGGCCGCAAACAUCAAGUGUGGCUAGAGCCUGAAGGCAUGACCUCUGACCUCAUAUACCCUCAAGGUCUGUCUAUGACUAUGCCCCCUGACAUGCAACUCCGCCUCAUCAGAGAGAUCCCAGCCUUGCACAGAGCUGAAAUCCAGACACCUGGUUAUGGCGUGCAGUAUGACUUUGUGUGCCCGACUCAGCUAAGCCCUGCGCUGCAGGUGAAAAGCACACAAGGUUUGUUUCUAGCCGGGCAGAUUAAUGGGACCACCGGGUAUGAGGAGGCUGCAGCACAGGGUUUGUGGGCGGGCGUCAACGCCGCUCGCGUGGCACUCUCCAUGCCCACAAUGGCACUGUCUCGAACUGAGAGCUACAUCGGAGUUCUUAUCGAUGACCUGGUGACACGAGGUGUCACGGAACCUUACCGGAUGUUCACCAGUCGUGCUGAGUUUCGUACUUCACUGAGGCCAGACAAUGCAGACCUCCGCCUAACACUGAAAGGGUUUGAAGAAGUGGGAUGUGUGUCGUCCGUGCGCUACAAGGAGGCUGUACAAAUGCGGGACAGUCUCAAUGAAGCACUAGCGGCUCUUCAGGAUGUCGCUCUAUCCACCACAAACUGGAGACACAAGCUGCCUCAUGUGCACAUCAGCGAGACAAAGACCGGCAUUCAGACUGGCUUGGAGCUGUUACAGUACAACGAUGUGUCCUUUGAAAUGUUGGCAGCCGCCUUCCCAGAAUGCCUUUCAGCGUACAGGGAAUUUGCACAAAGGCUGAAGAUAGAAGCUGUGUACAGGCCUCACUGUGUCCUCCAGCAAAAGGAAAUGGAGAGAAUCCAAAAGGAAGAGAGCAUGUCUCUCCCACAGGACUUAGACUACUUUGCACUGCCAGUGUCACUCUCUCAGGAAGUCCGAGAGAUCUUGGACAGAGUUCGACCCAGCACAUUGGGUGCUGCUACACGUUUGCAAGGAAUGACUCCGGCUGCAAUUGUCCACCUCUUCAACUAUGUUCGACACUCUGAGAGGAAGCAGAAAAGUAUGCAGAGGAGCUAAACCGAACAAAGGGAGUGGAGAAAAUCACCUGAGAUUCAUUUACUAAAAAUGUACACAAAUAAAUUGACAUAUUUCAAUA